AUGAUCUCAGCAAUAUGUCGUCCUAUUGUUCCAAGGAUUUACUGCCGAGGUUUAUGCUCAACUGUAUCACAAGCAGAUUAUGAGAAAGCAGCUGAGGACACACUGGAGAGGCUCUCCGAUUAUCUGGACGUUUUGCCUGACCAACUACAAGUGUCAUCCGAUUAUGAUGUUACAAAUGCCAUGGGCGUGUUGACAGUAGUCAUAAGCAAGCAAAUAG